CUCGGGGCUAUGCUAUCCUUUUACUAGCUGGAUAUAAUCGGAAAGCGGGACACGCAGUGCGAAUCCCGCCUUAUCACGGCGGAGAUCUCUGCCGCAGGCUAUUCUUCAAAAACCUUUACAAGAGGCAACGAAGCAGGCGAGGUGGGCGUGUGUGGGCCGCGGCGGAGACUCGGAGGCGACGGAAGGGCCAGACUCAGCCACUCUCCCGCCAACACAAAGGCUGCAGACACACGGCCCUCUGGAAGACGCCUCACGGUGCCUCAGGAUGCUAGACCGUCAGGAGGAGUCGCAGGGGCAGGAGGAGGUGGUGUGUGUGGGGUGUCGGGGACGCAUCACGGAGCGCUGGUUCUCCAAGACGCAGGAGGGCUUGUGGCACAGUGCCUGCCUCAGGUGCUCAGAGUGCCACCAGCCCCUAGAGGAGAAGUGCUUCGCUAAGCAUGGCCAACUCUACUGCCGGGAUGACUACUUCAGGUUGUUCGGGUGUGGGCGGUGUGGGCGUUGUGGGCUGGACAUCUCGCCUCAGGAGAUGGUGAUGCGCGCCCGUCACCACGUGUUUCACUGCUUCACCUGCGCCUCCUGCCACGUCAUAAGACUUCGGGAUGAGGGACGGUGCGGUCUACUGCCGUCCACACUACAACUCAUCCUCCAAUCAGAGGCCGAGAUGGAGGCGGUGGGCGUGUCGGCGGGGAUGUCGUACCCGCCCCUCUCCCCCGCCACGCCCCGCCUCGCCUUCUACAACGGGGUGGGGGCAGCGCAGAAGGGGCGGCCGAGGAAGAGAAAAAUCCCCAGCGAGGACAUGCCGCCCUUGACGCCCCUCACGCCUGGCAUGGAACUGGUGCCUGGAGGGGAGAUGUCUAUGGACGGUUACCGCUACGACCACCAAGGGCCCGGCCAGAACCGCACCAAGCGUAUGAGAACCUCCUUCAAGCACCAUCAACUGAGAACCAUGAAGUCCUAUUUCAACCUCAACCAGAAUCCUGACGCCAAGGACCUCAAACAGCUGGCGCAGAAGACGGGACUGUCCAAGAGAGUGUUGCAGGUGUGGUUCCAGAACGCUCGGGCCAAGUGGCGGAGGAACAUCCUGAAGCAGGAGCACGAGAGGCACGUCGGGGAUAAGCUGAAGGACCAGUCGGGACUCCUGGGAGACCUCCGACCCGUGGACUCCCUGGGACCCGGCCUCACCGACAUCUACGCCAUGUCCUCCGGGGAUGAAGGCAGCCAGUCACUCCAGUUCACGGACAUGUGCCAACAGUUCUGAUGACAAAAUUACCUUGCUGAACUAGCACAAAAGUGGUACACAAACAGGAGACCUCAAGGACGAUCGCUGGAGGGUCCUCGACAUGAAAACGACCGACCCUCUGGAGUGUGAGGUAACCUAGAGGAGGAGGAGGUGAGGUGCCGGGCCCCGUCAGGUAAUCAUCAUUGCUGACUGUCAUAUGAUAACUAUAUAAGCUUUAUUACCGCAAGAGGAGACAAACGCUGCACCCAAGACACACAACGAGCCGAUCCUGUCGCUCUCACCGGCGUCUACACCUUGUUGCUCAACACACCAAAUUCUCCGGGGAGUGAUGAAGACUUUUCUGCCAGGUGUGACCCAGGUACUGCCCAGGUGUGGCCCAGGUACUAAGCAGAGUUACCCAGGUACUGCCCAGGUGUUACCUAUAAGUACUGCCCGGACAGUGUCUCGUCAAACCUCUAAUCAACAUACCAGAUCCAUAAAGUUAAAACGAAGUCACUCAAUCAUUGGAACACACAGACAAGAACGUGUUUAUUUGUUUUAUGUUUUGUCUCAUGUGUUUGUUCCACACCAAGAGCCUUUUGUUUGGUUGUGUCUCGCUCUCACCCCACAACACAAGAGUCAAUGUCCUCUUUACUAAUUCCUAAAAAAAAAAAUAAUUAAGUUUGUGUUGAAAGUUAAAUUAUAGAAUGAGAAUUAAAUGUAAAUUCUAAUUCAAUAUCAACAAACACAUUCACACCCAAAUUCUACAAACAAAAAAUAGUUACAUAUUUACCAAAAUUCAAAUUGAAAAUAUAAUUACAAAUACAUAAUGCAGAUAUAUGUAAAUACUCAAAACUCGUAUACAAAAAUGUAAAUAUAGAGUGGCUACGUCUUCACUCAAAGUAACUACAUGUGUCCGUAUAUUCAAACUUAAAUCAUCAUAAACAAAGAAACAGACACAGGGAAGCAACGUAAUUACCUUCCCCCAGGUACAGGUGAUACGACUUGGCAGCUAUGAACACUGGCGACAAUUACUCCGUGUAACUUCAUCUAACUUAUUUUUUUUUUUUACAGAAAUGUCAUAAACGUCUUUAACAAUGAGGGAUAAUUACUCUCUUUCAUGAUGAUUAUAAACGUAUGGUGAUUAAAAACGUAUAAGUGUGAGUAUUUUUCGUUGUAAUUACAUAUACACUUUACUAAAACCAUCUACCUACCUUGUUCAGUGCUGCGUGUACAUCUAUUUAUUUGACCAAUGAAAAAAAAAACAAUUAACUCAUGUGACUCAAGAUCCAACGCCUACAUAUUCAGUUUGCUAAAAAUAGUUCAUCUUGUUCAGUGCAUUUCUCUUCCGUGGAUAUUCAAGGUGUCCGAUAUGUUUGAGACUAGCGGGUGAAUUUCUUUUUUUUAACCAAAGAAAAAGGAAAAACCAGAUAUCUGACUUAAAAGACGUACACACACACACUUGAUUUAGUCCUUAUGGUGUGGAACAAGGUAAAAAAAGCCUCAAUAAAGGAGGAAAUGAAAUGAGAAAGAAGGAGAAGGAGAGAGAUGAAAAAAAGGCCAAGAUUACGAAAAACUACAACAAGUAAACAACGAAAACAGUAAAUAACAAUAAUAACAACAUUCCACAUAUUAUAUACUUUUACACAUUUCCCCAACACAUCCUCUCAACUUACAACAUUCAUUAUACUACAGUUGAGAUUAAUGUGAAAAACGAAAAACAAAUUAAUAAAAUCGACACUCCACUCCACCGUGAGAAACUAGAGUAAGUAUUUUGUGAUAUAUCGAUAAAGAGUUUUUUUUUUUUUACUGUUGGUUAGGUAAAGGUGAUGAAGGUAUAUGGGCCACCCUGAGACGCCCCCUACAGCAUCCCCAGCCAUUGUGCGAGUGCGUAUACCUGACUCUCAUCUCCUCUUGCUACAUGUACAGACGAGGGUCAUAUGGCAUCACCAUCGUGUGCCGCCCUCAGCCAGCCAGCCAACUUCAGUUUCAUUCAGGGAGAGAGAGUUCAUGAGGUUGUAUUAUUAUUUUACAGUUGUGGUGGCACGGUUACUGUUUAAUGGUGUGUGUGUGUGUGUGUGUGUGUGUGUGUGUGUGUGUGUGUGUGUAGGACCUUCAAAUCAAAUGUCCCUCCAGCUGCCAACUCUAGACUCUGUAAAGUGAUCUCUUAUUAAAAUCAUAUAAGAAUCACGUUUCCUUAUUGGCAAGAACCUGACACUUAUAGGGGGGUCCAUUAAUAGACAUCACCACCGUCUCCUAUACACACACACAGACAGUAGCAGGAUCAUAAACUGCGUCGUGCCAACUAUAGGAACCCCAAUUGAACCGGAUCCCCAAUAUACCCACUCUGAUGAAGAAAAUAUACUGAAUGUGUCCGUGUAUUUCCUUGUUAUAUACGUAUAUAUGUAACACAGACACACGGGAAGUUAUACUGUAUGAGUGACACGUUUCAUCCAAUUAUGUGCAUCUGUAUAUUUAUGAGAGAAAGAGAGAGAGAGAGGAUGGAUUAUUUUAUGUAAUUUAUAUGAGAUACUAAUUGAUGUCAUUACUUGUUUCAAUCACAGCCAAUAAUGAGUUUGUUGCCUCUGCGGUUAUCACUCACUCACACACACCUGAGGGGUUGAUAGACCAGGUGUACAGGACGUUAUUAGACCCUCACUCAUCAGUCCCCUUCACCUCCCAUUAUAUCAAUCAUCCAGUGGCUAAACAAACUGUAUAUUUUAUGUGCUCUCAUGUGUGUGUGUGUGUGUGUGUGUGUGUGUGUGUGUGUGUCUCACCUGUGGUCACCUGGUAAGUGUUGUUGUGAUGAUGACAAACAGCUGAUCCAUUGUACAGUAUAUAUAUAUAUCCACAUCUCUCGGGUGAUCAAACACUAGGUCACUUAAUGCUCCAACAAACAAACAAAAAAAACAUCAUCCUGAAUAAAUAAAUAAAUAAAAACCAUCACGAAACAAAUUAAAAAAAAAAACAAGAGAGAAAGAUUCAAUCCUCUAUCACAUUUAAUAUAGGGGAUUUGAACACCAUUUUUCACAUAUAUUUUUCCGUCUAAACAAAAGCGAAUCUGAAAACCAUAUUUAACUGCAUUCACGAACGUCUUCAUCUGUCAUACAAACAACAGAGGUAUUUUAGGGGUUUUUUUUUGUGGAUAUAAAAAAAAAGGAAUUUUACCUGACAGACUGUGGCAGGUGAGGACGAAGCAGCAUUACCUAGUCAAAUGUAUUAUAUACCAAAGCCUAUGUAGAGAGAUUAAACCCCCUCCUCCACCCCACCCCCCACCUUCCAGACUCUUCUUCUUUUAUUAAUAUUCUUUUGUGUGUAAAUACUCAUAAUAUAUUAAUUGUGUAAAGUUAAGGCGAUGUACCAAAGAUUUGUAAAAUAAACUAAAUUAAAUAUG